AUGAAUGCAAGUCAUAUUCUGCAUAUUAUAGGUGCUCUGGCUUUUAUGCUAUCGUUGUUGGGAUCAGAGUCCUUGUCCAAAGAUGACAACGCGAUAAGGUGCAUUGAGGCAGAGUGGAAAGCAUUGCAGCUGUUUAAGCAAGGCGUUGUUCGUGGUGCACAAAGACAUGAUCUUGGCUCGUGGAGGGACGAAGAAAAAGAUUGCUGCAAAUGGAAAGGCGUGGGAUGUGAUAAUCGCACUGGUCAUGUAACUCACCUUUUUCUUUCUUCUCGCAUUUCAGCAUUUACAGAUUCAACUAGUGUGAGUGUCGAUAAGUUGUUGAUUGAGUUGCCAUAUCUUAACUACUUGGACCUCAGUAACAAUCUCCUUGCAGGGAUUCCAGAAUUUAUAGGUUCUCUCACAAAUUUAAUUCACCUUGAUCUUUCAGAGACUUAUAUCGAUGGAGCAUUUCCUGACCAAAUUGGGAACAGCUCUAAUUUGCAGUACCUAAAUCUCAGCCUUUGUUGUAAUGGUGGUCCUAUCCCAAAGUUCAUUGGCUCACUCAAUAACUUACGAUACCUUGAUAUAUCCAACAGUUGGUUUACAGGGGUCAUUUCACAUGAACUUGGAAGCCUCUCCAGGUUGCAGCAUCUCAAUCUUGCUAAUAAUUGUCAUCUAAGAGGUGGAGGUAACUUCGAGUGGUUGUUUAUUCAGAGGAUCCCUUCUAUAUCAGUUCUGCGUAUAAACCACUGUCAACUCUUCGCUCCAUCCUCUGCUCCAGGCAAUUUCUCUUCCUCUAUAUCUUCCCUUCAUCUUAAUGGAAAUUACAUCAAUUCAUCCAUUUUCUACUGGCUUUCUCACUUAAGUGGCAGUCUGGUAGUACUUGACUUGGGUAAUAACUUGCUAGAAGGUAGAAUUCCGCAGACUUUUUGUCAUAUGUCUGCCCCGACAUAUCUGGAUCUAUCUGCAAAUCAACUUAAUGGUGUGCCUCCAAAAUGCAUCAAUAAUUUAUCCAAUUUGCAAGUCGUAGAUUUCAGUGCAAACAAUUUUACCGGGAACCUUGAACAUCUUUUAUUUGGACCUUUUGCUUCAUUGCAGGAAUUGUUGAUAUCUGAAAACCACCUUACUGGUUCACUCCCUGAUAUUACACUAUUUUCAUCCCUCAAAAAAUUGCAAGUGAGCUCCAAUCAAUUAAAUGGAUAUCAGCCAACUACUUUUAAACACCAUUCAACUCUACAAUUCUUGGAUUUGUCCAAUAACCAUCUUAGAGGAUUUUUACCAAAUUUCACAAAAUUUUCAUCCUUUAGAUUUUUAAAUCUUUAUAAUAAUGGGUUUUCUGGGAAUCUUCCUGAUUUUACUGGUUGUUCAUCUUUGGAAGUAUUGCGACUUGGUGGGUAA